CCGAGCUGAGCGCGGCCCUGCCCGGGCGCGGCCUCGGCCCCGCGCUCGUUCGGGGCCCUUCCCUCUCCGGCUGCGCCCCCCUCAGCUCCCGCCUUCCCUCGGCUCCCCCGGGCACAGCCGCGAGCUCUGGGGGGGGUUGUUCUUGCCCCCGAGGUUGUGAGUGUUGCCAGCCCCAGGUUGGUGGCCUUGAAACCUUCGCGGCCUGAGGAGGCUGGCAAGGAAUUGCUGCUAACCUUCUCACAGGCCUAUGGAGCCACAAGGGAUUGUAAAAGCCUUUCCCAAGAGGAAGAAGGUGAGGGAUGACUCAGGGAAAAGCAUCCCUACAAAGAUCCUGAAAGAGGAGGGAACAGAAAUACCUGAGGCAGAGUGGCUGAAACCAGUCAUUGCCUACGUGCUGCAGGCUGGCAUUGGCCAGGCCAGGGCUGAGAUCUUCCACAGGCAGAUUGUCCAGAAUGGGGGUGUUGUACACAGCCAGCUCUCCUCGGAGGUGACACACGUCAUUGUGGCUGAGGACAUGGACUGUGAUCGCGCCUUUCGGCUCCUCAGAUUGACCAAGCUGCGCCCAGGGCUGCAGCUGGUGAAGGCAUCCUGGCUUAGUGCUUGCAUUAGAGACCAGAAACUGCUGAGUACUGCUGGCUAUGGCAUCUUUAUCCCUCACAGGUACCUAGAGGAGGAAGAAUUCCAAAAAGAACAGCAACAGAUCCUGGACAGAGAAAAAAUUCAGCCCCCAGCAGAGGAGGGAGCAGUGAAACUGAAUACUGAAUCACAGGUGGAGGAUUCCUCACAGCAAGGCUUGGGCACCCUUGGACAGCAGCAACUGGCUGAGAAAUACUCUAAUGAUGAAGACAGUGAAGGAGAAGAUGCUGGUGUCACCCAGGGAGAUCUGGAAGCAUUGAUUUCUGGCCGCUACCCUGUGAAAUCAUCAGAGGAGAUCAAGGACACAGUGGCCCAGCCUCCCAGCAAGUGGGUUUGUGCCCAGUCUUCCAACACCAAGAAGGAAAAUCACAACCAGUGCAUCACAGAGAAGCUGGAAGUGCUGGCAAAGGCUUACUCUGUCCAGGGGGACAAGUGGAGAGCUCUGGGCUACUCCAAAGCAAUCAAUGCACUCAAAAGCUACCACAAACCAGUCACCUCCUACCAGGAAGCCUGUAAAAUCCCUGGGAUUGGGAAGCGGAUGGCAGAGAAGAUCCUGGAGAUCUUGGAGAGUGGGCACCUGCGCAAACUGGAUCACAUCAGUGAGAGUGUCCCUGUGCUGGAGUUAUUUUCCAACAUCUGGGGAGCAGGGGUCAAGACAGCUCAGAUGUGGUACCAGCAGGGUUUCCGGACACUGGAUGACAUCCGCACCAAGGCCACUCUGACCAGCCAGCAGGCUGUGGGGCUGAAGCACUACACGGAUUUCCUGGAGCGCAUGCCGCGGGAGGAAGCUGCAGAAAUAGAGCAGACGGUCAGACAAGCUGCCCUGGCCCUGAAGCCUGGCCUUGUGUGUGUUGCCUGUGGCUCCUACCGUCGGGGGAAGGCCACCUGUGGGGAUGUGGAUGUGCUGGUCACCCACCCAGAUGGGCAGUCUCACCGUGGGGUGUUCUGCAAGCUGCUCAACAGCCUCCGCGGGAGUGGCUUCCUUACAGAUGACCUGGUGAGUCAGGAGGACAAUGGUGAUCAGCAGAAGUACCUGGGCGUGUGCCGCCUGCCCGGGCCAGCGCAGCGUCACCGCAGGCUCGACAUCAUUGUGGUGCCGUACCGGGAGUUUGCCUGUGCCCUGCUCUACUUCACAGGCUCGGCUCACUUCAACCGCUCCAUGCGUGCCCUGGCCAAGACCAAGGGCAUGAGCCUGUCAGAGCACGCGCUCAGCUCGGCCGUGGUGCGAGGCCCUGGGGGUGCCAAGGUGUCCUCUGGCCAUACUCUGCCCACUCCCACCGAGAGAGAUGUCUUCAUUCAGCUGGGGCUGCCUUACCGGGAGCCCUCCGAACGGGACUGGUGAUGCCUGGUUGUCACCCUGGGCUUGCUGUUGUGCUGCUGUUUUGAAGGAUCUGAUUUCCCCAAUGGUGGAAAGGCUCUGUGGUGCCUGCAGGCUGAGGAACAUAUCCCAGCAAACUCCGGGGCUCCCUUGCAAGUGUGAGGCUGGCUGCUGGGCAGAGCUCUGUGGCUUCCUCAGCAGAGGCUGUGGGCUGGAACCACAGUGGAAAUGCUGUCUUGGUGUGGUUUCCAAAAGGGCUCAUUGCCCAGCAGCUACCUGGCCCUGCUGUCCCCAGUUUUGGAAGACUGGGCUGCCUUGUGAUCCAGCCCCUGACAGUGUUUGGGAACAAGGGAAGUGGAAUGCAUCUUCCUCUGUAUGUGAGCACUGAGACUCCGAAAUUUCCGUUCUGAGCUGUGAAUGAAGGUAGCAGAGGUCUAGCUUGGUUCUGUGACAGGCCUUCCUCCUCGCUUCUGCUGGCAGCUGCUACUGCAGGAGUCUCGAUGGGUUAACCUAUGCUGCUGCUGCUGCUGUGUCCUUCAGUCUGAGCUGAUGUGUCCUUUGAUGGGUCCCAUUGCACAGGGCCAGGCUGCUGUGACUGCUCCCAACCUUAUGUUGUGAGGAUCCUCCAGAUUUACUGAGAGCCCUGGUCUUCCCCAGGAGCUCCUUUCUUUUCAGUGCAGGAGAGGAGCGGAGCUUGCAGCUUGGGGAGCUGUGCUCAGGAAGGGUUUGAAUGUAAUGGCACUGAAUGUAAUCCACAGGGCUGUGUGUCUGUCUGUAGGAGGCAUGGAUACAGAAACACAAGGAGACAGUUAAGUUCUAAUUGUGCCAAAGCAAAGCUUUUUCCCUUUUUCUUUGUGUGGAAGCUAUGGAGCCAUCUGGUCUUUGAUCAGGGAAAGUGUGUGUGUGUGUUUGUGUAUACAUGUGCAUGUGGCUGGUCCCACCAGUUCCAUGGGAGUGAAUUUUAUUUCUCAGGAAACCUCGACUAUUUUAUAUUGUGGAGAUGAAUUUCCCAGAGACAUUGAGUGGUCUGUUACAGGUAUUGCAGUGGUUGCUCCUGGCAGAGGUGCCAUGGUGGGCAUUUCUGUGCCAGGACCCUGAGGCUCUUGCUCCCUUGUGGGGGAUCUGGCCCUGUCACAUACAGUGACAAAGCUGCAUGUUUGCUGCUAGGGCAGGCACAAACCAGGUGGGUUUUCACAUUUCCUGUGGCUGCUGGGCACCAGCAGGGCUGGGGCUUUGCUGUGGUGACCCAGACCCCAGCAGUGACAUUUGUCAGCUGAGCCUUUAUACUGGACACCUGAGGGAAAUUAAUGUCUUUUGGCAUGUCUUGGUGCUUUGAAAUUUGAAGUGUAAUAAAUAAAUCCCUUCUCUUUGCCCUUGG